AUGGGACAGAUCGCCGGAGGGUUCGACGGAGUCCGCGGUCGAGAGCUCUAUGGAGGGAAACCGUCGAGAGAGAUGGGAGACGAUGCUGAGACGAUUUCGUCGAGAGAGAUAGAAGACUUUCCCAAGACCACACUCCUUCGCCUCUCUCUCUGUGACACGUGCAGCUAA